AUGUCAGACUCAAGGAGAUCCAGGUACUCUCGUUCUCCAUCGCACAGAUCCGUGUCGUUGUCCUUCUCAAGGUCGCGGUCAAGGAGCCGUUCUUGGUGCGUGUAUCCAUCUUGUUGUGGCCGUUGGUAUUUUCUUCCCGAUAUGAUUUGAAUUUCCAAUACCGUAAGACAUGUGUAUUCUUUGGCAGGAGCUAUGGGUCCAGUGACGUUGACAAUCCAGGGAACAAUUUGUAUGUCACUGGUUUGUCUUCUCGGGUUACAAAGGACGACCUUGAGAGCCAUUUUGAAAGUGAAGGGAAGGUAGGUUAGCUUUUCUUGAUAACCAGCCUGAUUAGUUUUAAGCGUCGCUGUCUAGCGUCUUCUUGAUGAACCUGUUUCAUUCUCGUGGGUGAAUCUGAGUGUUCAGUUGUGAGUGAGACGCAUGUACUACGCCUAUGUCGACAGGUCCCUGUGUACUCGAUUUGCGUAUAGAUAGAUUAUCUAUCUGAUAAAGGGCGGUCAUCUUCAUUUGUACUGCUGCCGAGGAAACAAUAUAAUUUUUUCUCCCCAAUUUUUCGUCAAGAUGUUCUUAUCUGCUCCGCAUCAUUUCUUAGAUGCCUUCAUACCAUAUUUCAGGUAACUGACGUCCAUCUGGUGGUCGAUCCAUGGACAAGAGAAUCACGUGGGUUUGGGUUUGUGACCAUGGCCAGUGUUGAAGACGCUAACAGAUGCAUCAAGUAUCUUAACCGCUCUGUUCUCGAAAGUCGUGUCAUCACCGUGGAAAAGGUAAUGUAUGGCAUCUGUCUCGGGCCUUUGGUUUUUCUGGAAGAGGUGUUUAUUAUGUUGGAAUCAUGGAAUGCUUCUGCCACUUACACAACUCAGUAUUUGAGAGUUCUUCGCCUGUGGAGUGUUUUUGGCAGCAGGUUAGCUGUGUGUAGCAGCUCUUCAUCAGGCUUCGAAAGCAAUUACCUCAAAACUAAUCAAAUUCAACCUACCCCGAACAGAGAGGGUUGUAUGCCCUGGCAUUACUCUUCUUCCAUAGCUGUCCACGCGUUUAUUUCUUUAUUUUCGUACUCACUUCAUCACUGACAUGAUCGCAAUCGCCAGACAUGCAACAUUUGUUAUUUCCUUUGCCUGGGGCAUUCUUGAAAAUCCAUUCCGUAUUUGCCGCCGCCACAGCUUCCCGAGCUUAUUCUCCCUAUCUGAUCUUCAGGCAAGGCGAAGAAGGGGCAGGACUCCGACCCCAGGCCGAUAUCUUGGCUUGAGGAGCCGACGUGGUAAGAAUCGACCGUUUCCAUCUUCAGGGAUUCCUGCUACGAAAUACUUCCUAUAAGCUCCUGCCUCCACUUCUGAUCCUAACCAGUGCAGUUUGCUUGUGUUCCUCAGAUCGCCAUCGUUCUCUCAGUAGUUCUCCGUACUACAGAAGCCGGCACAGUUCUUCCGACAGGGAGAGGUCUUACUCCCCCCACUAUGGCAGGCGCUACCGCUCUGGCGCUCGCUCUAGUUCUCGAUCCCGCUCCCGGUCACCUUACCAUAGCCGUCGAUAUGACCGUUCGUCUGGUGGCAGAAGAUACCGGCGUUCUUAUUCUCGUGACUCGAGGUCGUCCUAUUCACGUUCUUAUUCACCCUACUACAGCAGGCGGCGGCACCGUCGCUCAGUCUCGCGCAGCGCGUCUCCUAGGUCAAGGAGGAGCCGCAGGAGUUACUCCCUGAGCGUCUCUCCUGGGGCGAGGAGCUACUCCCGUAGCUACUCCCCUAGGCCCGCGAUCUCCAAGAGGAGCCCCUCGCGGAGUUUCUCUCCUAGGCGAUGCAGGGGCUACUCCCGGGAGAGUUACUCUCACAGCCGUAGCAGCAUGAGCCGCUCCGUCUCCGGGUCCCCCUAA